ACCGUCUCGCAUCACGUGACAGAAUGAUUGCUCUUGUAUUGCUGGCGCUUGUGGGUUAUGCUGCCUGUGACACGACGUGCCUUAAAGGCUGGGAGCAAGGCAGUAAAUCGUGCUACAAAGUGAUUGACUACCGAACAGACUGGGUCACCGCGUAUAUGUACUGCGCGGCCAUGAGAGCUCAGUUGGCAGACAUCGAGUCGCAGGAAGAACAGGACGAAGUGGCCGCCAUCUUGGGAAAAUACAAAGAUCUGUUUGAGCAGUUCUGGAUUGACCUGAGUGACAUAGAGGUAGAAGGACAGUUCAAGUGGAUGGCAUUCAACCAGAACGCAACCUACACCAACUGGAUCCCAGGCCAACCCGACAACAACGCCGGCAAACCCGCUGAAAACUGCGUCCACAUCAACGCCAAACCAUUCCGGAAGUUCGGCUGGAACGACCACAAGUGUGGAGCUCAGCUCAACUUCAUCUGCGAAGCUUUCCCAGAGGAGAACACCAUCAGCGGUUAGAAGAAAACGUUUGAUUUGUGACACGACGAUUGGAUAUAAGACUGUUGAUUUGUGACACGACGAUUGGAUAUAAGAUUGUUGAUUUGUGACACGACGAUUGGAUAUAAGACUGUUGAUUUGAUUAAUUCCACGCGACUUGUAUACACGUAUAUUCCCACUGACGUGACAUGUUUACUGGCUUUAGUUUGAUAAAUAAAUGUUUUGUAAAACGUU